AUGUUUGAAAUGGAUUCCCCUAUAUAUAAGUUUGAUUUUACUAAAUAGGAGAUAAGAUUACCAAAGCUUGAAUAAUUUUGUCUAAUUCAAAAAUAAACCUUUUGCUAAAACCUUCUUUAGUUUAUGAAAGAUUUGUGUAAUUCUAAAAUAAAAUUAUUGAUCUUUAUUUAAUAGGAAUUAGGUUCUGAUGACAUAUAAAGCGAAACAUAACCAUGCUCAGAAAUAAAUUGCAAAAACAACACCAAUCAAACCUAAAUAAUACAUUAGCCAUUCAAUUAUUAAAUACAUUAAGAUAAUUUUAUCAAUAAAGUAGAAUAAUGCUAUGCCUUUGAAUUUAACGAUGAUUCUUCAAUCUUAUUUGUUGGAUGUGAAAAUCCAAAAAUAUUAAUAUACGAAUUUAAAUUAGGAAGGUUGAAACAAUAAAUCCAAGCAUUAAAUGAACAUACUCAUUCUGUGUUGUAUUUAAAAUUCCUUACAAAAUCAAAAGAGUUGAUCUCUGGUGAUAAUGGUGGAUUUAUUUUUGUCUGGCAAAAUUUAAAUACUUGCAUAUGGAAUUGCAAAUAAAAAAUUCGAGGUCAUAUCAUGUGGCUUCAAAGCUUAGUUCUCAAUAAGAAUUAGGAUCUAAUGAUAUCGAGCGGUGGCGAUUAGACUCUUAAAUUUUGGAUUUAGAAAAGUUAGUGGAUUUUAGAAUAAACAAUUGAAGAAAACAACACUUGUGUUCGCUCUCUAAGCUUAAAUGUUUAAGAAAAUAAAGUUAUUACUUGUGGAUCAAAUAAAGUAAUCUUUGUGAUUGAGCAUUCAAAAGAAAGUAAAAAGUGGAUGAUAAUACAAAGGAUUACUGUUGACUGUGAAGGGUACAGAAUUUGCUAUAUUAAUGAUUAUCUUUUCAUAUUUUAGCCUUUAUUAGGCUAAUUGAUGCAUGUCUUCGAAACGAAUAGAAUAAAUUAAUAGUUUGCUUAAACAAAGGAUAUUGUUGUGAAUGAAGGAAACGAAUUCGGCGGGUUGUUUCCAAUGCAAUAUUUUCAGUCAAAAUAAUUGCUUGUAAAUAAGCAUUAUAAUUAUGUCAAUCUCAUGAGAGUCACAGAAGAUGGUGAUUUUAAAGUUGAGUAAUCUAUUCCAUUUGGAACAUGUUAUUUAUAUGGAGGAAUGAUUGGUGAUGGAUAGUAUUUAUUUACGUGGGAUCAUUUAUCAAAAUAAAUAUAAAUUAGAAAUCAAAAGUAGAAUGAGAAUUAUUUCAUCAUCACAUAUAUAGUCUUAGAUAAUUUACAAUUUCAAAAAUAAUAACUACUGUUUUUAUUACAAAUAAAGUUUUUUCAUCAAAUUUAUUUGCAUCAAUACUAAUUCUAUCAGCUAUUUAUUCUUUUCUUUAUAAAGAUGAGUUGA